UGUCAUUCUUGCACGGCCAGAACGCCCUGGUUCACUCUUUCUUUCCCCGACCUUUUCUGAUGUCGGUGUGACACUUUAUUACUGAGUUAAUGAUCUUAUUAAUUUACUGGGUGAAGUAUGGAACAUUUUUUCAGCCCCUUCGCAUUGUGUACAUAAAAUUAGUUAUUGUCACGCGUCACUUUUAUUUUCACCGACGUCGUUUAACAUGAAGUGCUGGAAUGGAAGUGAUGGAGAAAGUUUAAAGAGUUUACAACUAGUUUAAGACUUAGUAUCUUGGGAAGUAAAUACUCACUUCCCGACUGCGGGAAAUAAACAGUUUCUUAAACAUUUAUUUUAUUUCAGCUGCGCGCGUUACGUGUUCAGCGGCUUUCAACGUGUCCGGGAGUCAAUAAUAAGUGGACAUUCACGGAAUACAUUUGAUUUAUUCAUUUAGCAGAUGCUUUUCCCCGACCAAAGCGACGUACAUCUCAUAUAAGAUACAAUGUGUGCAUUACAUUAAACUAGAAAGAGAAACAUAGAUAGCUGCAGACGUGCGACUCUUAACCAGUUAGUUUGUUUCUUCCCAAGUGUUUCAUAAAAAUGAUCGCGAUCUGUGGCGAAAUUUCUACUUUCAGAGCCACGUUCACGGCCUCAGCCCCACGAGAAAGUGCAGCACGGAGCGGAAGCGGAGCGCGAAUUUCCACGGCAUCUUCGCGGCUCUGGCAGAGAGAGGCUUCCUCGUCUUCUUCGCGUCGGCGCCGCGCGCGAGGAAAAUAAUGACACGUGGAUGAAGAAUCCGCUCUCGAGGCGCCCGCGAUGGAAGGAGCAGGUGAGGGAUCCACCACGUUCCGGUCACCGACCGAGUGACCGACGAUCGUCGAUGUUGCCCCCCGCCGCCGGCGGCUGACUUUGACUUUGUCUUUGAGGAAAUGAGCGCCGCACUUUGACAAGCACUUUUUUUUUUCUUUUUUUUUUUUAUUCAUACUCUCUGCUGGACGAGAAGAACCCAUUUGCUCGAGUCGGUGGGAUUUCCCAGCCUCUCGCUCCACCCAGCGCGGAUCGGGCCAGUUUAAAGCGAUUAGGCGGCCGAGCCCGAGGCGAGGAGGAAGGAAGGGCUCCGACCUGCUCACCCUCUCUCUCUCCGAGUCCCGAUCCCAGCUCCCGCUGGAGCGAAAGCGCGCGCAUGGCCCCCUAAAAAAAAGAAUGCUCCAGGCAUGGCGGGAGCGGCGUCGGGUUCUGCCAACAACAGGCUGCUGCUCCAGAAGAGUGGCUUCGUGGAGGUGCUGGUGCGCGAGCGCUGGCACGGGGUGCUGGCGAGCCUGGGGGCGGAGGCGCUCGCGCUGAGCUGCGCGGAGCUCGCGGACGGCGCUGCCCUCAACGGCAUCGGCAACGGCUCCUGCGGGAGCACCUCGCCUCACCUGGACGCCCCGGCCGGGAGCGCGCUCAAGGAGCUGGCGGAGCGGGUGCCCGGGGCCGAGCAGCGGGUGCCCGAAGCCAUCGCCAACAGGAAGAGGUGCGUCAAAGUCAUCAAGCAGGAGGUGGGGGGUCUCGGGAUCAGCAUCAAAGGGGGCAAGGAGAACAAGAUGCCCAUACUGAUCAGCAAGAUCUUCAAGGGUCUGGCGGCCGAUCAGACCCAGGCGCUGUACGUCGGGGACGCGAUCCUGUCCGUGAACGGCGUGAACCUGCGGGACGCCACGCACGACGAGGCGGUGCAGGGGCUCAAGCGGGCCGGCAGGGAGGUCACCCUGGAGGUGAAAUACAUGCGGGAGGCCACCCCCUAUGUGAAGAAGGGGUCUCCGGUGUCUGAGAUCGGAUGGGAGACACCCCCCCCAGAGUCGCCCCGCCUUGGAAGCCCACACUCUGACCCCCCGACCACACCUGCCCUGUCCUUGCAAGGGGACCGGCGUUACAUCCCCCUGAAAAUGUGUUACGUCACAAGAGGCAUGUCAACCCCUGACCCCGAAAACAGGCACUUUGAGCUGCAUUCCCCGGAUGCCAAACACACCGUGGUACUGAGGUGUAAGGACACGACUGCCGCACAGGCCUGGUUUACGGCCGUCCAGUCCGCUGCCAUCGGCCUCAUCCCCAAGGUGAUCGCAGAGGUCAAAGAGCAAACGGGGAGAACUGGGAUUGCCGGGAGUCGAGAAAUCCGCCACCUCGGAUGGCUUGCGGAGAAGGCGGAGAGCGACCAACGGCGAUGGAGGCCGGUGCUGGUGAUAGUGACGGAGAAGGACCUGCUCCUGUACGACAGCAUGCCCCGGGUGAAAGAGGCUUGGUACAGCCCGGCACACACCUACCCUCUGCUCGCCACACGGCUGGUCCACUCCGGACCGGACAGGGGCUCCCCGCAGCCCGGUCGAGAGCUCUCCUUCGCCACACGGACCGGAACCCGCCUGGGCAUAGAGGCCCACCACUUCAGGGUGGAAACCGGCAAGGACCUGUCACUGUGGACCAGGCACAUCGUGACCGGCUGUCACUCCUCUGCCGAGAUGAUUAAAGAGGUCACCACCAGCUGCAUGUACAAGAACCAGGACUGCCGCUUAACCAUCCACUAUGAGCAAGGCUUCUCAGUCCUGGCCGAGGUCGAGGGGGGGAUGUUGAUGAAGCCACUUUUCAGCUACCCAUUUGAAAAACUGAAGAUGUCUUCUGAUGACGGGGUCAGGAUGCUCUACUUGGAUUUUGGAGGAAAGGAAGGUGAAAUUCAACUGGACCUACACUCUUGCCCAAAGCCUAUUGUGUUCAUUCUGCACUCAUUCCUUUCUGCAAAGAUCGCCAGGCUUGGCUUGGUAGCCUGAGGAGUCUCAAGAUGCGAAGAUUGCGGAGAUGACAUGGACUACAUCGAUGUGACGCCCGGCCAAGAUGACGCGUGUGCGUCGGGCCAAAGAAUCGUGCACGAGCACAACUGACGGAGGAUCAGCUUCUGAUCCAAUCGACAUCUAAGCCACAACGUACUAAAUUAGACAUAUUUAUAGAAACACGUGUGGGGAUAUGCAGUCAAAUUAUGAACGCUACAGAUUACUCAGUUAUUGUUAAAAAAUUAUGUGUUUUAGCACAAUAAUUGCAGUGAACACUAACCUGUUUGUGGAAUCAAAACGAAUACUGGAAGUAUUACUUAGCAGCCGUUCCAUGCCAUGGGACACGUCCGGGGGGGAAGGUGUCCGCUGAGCGUUUAGGACUAACCUCGACAAUCUCAGUAAGGAUAGAGGAGCAAUGCCGUUGUGACAACUGCUUGGAUCUUACAGUAAACCGUCUAAACAUUUCUGGCAGCUAUGGUAAUUCGAAUGAUUAAGCUAGUUUUUAAAUCAUUGUCAAAACACACAAAUUCUAUAUUAUUUAAAACCUAAAAUGUCCUUAGUAGUUUUAUUUUCAAAUGCAUUUUUCCUUUCCAUGUUUUGAAUAUUUUAAUGUUAUAAUCUAACAACCAUUUUUAAGAUCGACUCUCACAGACACAAUGACAAGUGCGUAAAAAUUUUAAUGAUCACAAUACACACCUCAAUCCAGUGGAAUCUGUGAGAAGUGUACAGUUUAUUGUAUUAUAGAGUUUUGCAUCUGAUGAGAUGCAAAAAAAAAAAAAAAAAAAAAAAACUCCAUAAAGUCACACUUGAUGGAGUUGUAUUUUUGUAAACACUUGUCACAAAGACACAAAAACAAACCGGUGUUUCAAUAGGCGUGGGUGUUUCCCGUUUUAAUUCUCAGCACACUAUUGAAAUGCAGACUGAAGGGCACUGAAUAUGGACUUAUAAAUUAAAAAAGACUGCACAGUCUCCAAGUUAGCAAAGCAAUUAGAACUGAAGACUCUGUGCAGUAUAGAGCGUCUCUCUGCGCUGUUCGCAAGGCGUGACAGUUGCUUAGAGGGUUCCGCCUGCAGAUGAGAGGCCAGCAGGUCAGAGUCAGCGUGUGCUGUGUUGUGCUUCAAAAUGCUGAAAUCAACUGUUUAGCAAAUAUAAUUAGCUUUUUAAAAAAAAAAA